AUGGUGGUGUCAGUAACUAUAGCAAAGUUUGAGGUGAAGAGAUUAUUGGUCGAUAAUGGGCAGUACUAUGGAGGUGUUAACUUGGGAUGCUUACCAGAAAAUGGGGUUGAGAGAGAAAGUUUUGAGAAUGGCAAGCCCAUUGUAUUUUUUGUGAACCAUCCUCUUGAGACAGAAGUGGUUGGUCAAGUUUUGGAUUUGGAUAGUUUGGAUGUCAAAGGUGAGGAAAGAAUUAGAAAGCAAAAAGCGACAAAGGUCACAAAAACUAUACAAUUAUUCUAUGAUAAUAUCGACAAGUUUGUGAAAAUUUCUUCAGCAUUAGCAGAAGAGGAAAGUGCGACCUACCAGAGAUUGGUUAACAAAAUUUUUAGAAAGCAAAUCGGGCGCAAUGUUGAAGUUUAUGUUGAUGACAUGUUGGUAAAGAGCUCUACUCUAAGGGCGCAAGUUCAGGAUUUGUCAGAGGCUUUUACUAGUUUGCGAGCUCACAACAUGAAAUUAAACCUGGAGAAAUGUGUUUUCGCUAUUAGAGCGGGUUCACCUCCAGGAUGGCAGACAUCUUUAAAGCUUUAA